AUGAACUCGCCGAUUAUUUUAACGCGAUCCACCCCGGCGCGGCCGACGACGAUGCGGUACUUUGACCGCCACCUCAAAGGCCUGCAGCGCAGCAUGGUUGACUCCGCGACCUGCGAUUUGCACAAGUUGUGCGCGGGGCAGAUGUUGGAGCGCCGGGCCUUUGUCAAGCGGGAUACCCCGGUGGUUUUAGAGAUCGGCGCCCACGCCGGCUGGUAUUUUCGCCAUAUGAUCGAGCGCGGCCAGCUUCACGGCCUGCAGCAGUACAUCCAGACCGACAUCUCCGAGGACCGGCUCAACCGAAACUACCGCGAGAUCAAAGGCCUGAUCCCGCCCGACGUGGAGUAUGUUCAGCUGAACUGCGAUGAGGAAUUGCCCGAUCCGUUUGGCAUCCCCGAGCGGUCGGUGGAUAUGAUCGUGUCCUGCCUGUCGAUGCACUGGGUGAACGAUUUGGAGACCGCCUACGUGAAUGCGCGUCGGGUGUUGAAGCGGGACGGCUUUCUCCUGUCGAGUAUGUUUGGCGGGAACACCUUGUACGAGCUCCGCGGCUGCUUUUCCAUGGCCCAGACCGAGGUCCUCGGCGGCGUGAGCUCCCACAUCUCCCCCAUGAUUGACGGGGCGGGGUUGUCGACGCUGAUUCUGCAAACCGGGUUCAACCUCCCCACGAUCGACCUGGAUCGGCAUUUGUUGCUCUACAAGACGCCUUUUCACCUGAUGGAGCACCUUUCGCGGAUGGGCGAGAGCGCCUGCCAUGUGCAGCGGAAGCCCCUGAAUCGGGAGGUGUUGUUGGCGACCUGCGCCUGCUAUGAUGGGAUGUACCGGCGGAAUAAUCUGAUCCCGGCCACCUUUGAGAUCUUCCACGUCAUCGCGUGGAGCCCGAGCGCGACGCAGCGGAAGCCGCUGCCGCGCGGCAGCGGGCAAAUCCCCCUUGCCUCGUGGAAUAGCAAAAACAAAGAGCGCCUGCAAGGCGUCCUGGACGAGUACGCGCAGAACCCCAACGACGAGGGGCUGCAAACCAAGGCCCACGACUUGUUUAGACAACUCCGCGAGGAGAGCGCGGCGUUGAUGAGCGAAAAGGGCCUCGAGGUGGGGCCUGGCGAGGGAACUCGGCAGCCCCCGGUGCUAAACCAAAAGCCCAUGCCGCCCUUUCAACAGGAAAGCCCCGACGACGACCCGGCGUAG